UUGAGCUAGCAAGAGCUGAGGCUGCGGGGCAACUUUAACAUUACAACCCUGCCCAUUUACUUGGCUUUUUAGAUACUGGUAUCAAGCCACAGACGCUUCUGAUCCCCGUUUACCGGUAACGACGCGCCGGUGUUGGCUGGCUUACUUUAGCAAACGUUAGCCCACGUCCACUUUGGUGACCCUAAUGCACGCAGGGCUUGGUGGGUUCAGUAUAACUAAACAGAUCCUAGGACGGUCAGCAGUAGCAGAUUUGACGGUCGAACCAAGUAUCGUCGUUCAAAAUGGUUUUCUUCGCGUGUAACGCGUGUGGUGAAUCGCUCAAGAAAGCCCAAGUCGAUAAACACGUGGCUAUGUGCCGGGGAUGCCAAGUCUUGUCGUGCAUAGACUGCGGAAAAGACUUCUGGGGCGAUGACUAUAAAAAUCACGUAAAAUGUAUCUCCGAAGAUCAGAAGUAUGGAGGCAAAGGUUAUGAGGCCAAGUCAAACAAAGGGGAUAUGAAACAGCAGCAAUGGAUUCAGCGAAUCCAUGAUGCCAUGAACAAACCAGGGAUCAGCACAAAGCUCAAGGAUGUGCUUAAUCAAGUCAGUAUGUACGAUAAUGUCCCAAGAAAGAAGGCUAAGUUUCAGAACUGGAUGAGAAACAGUCUGAGAAUUAGCGGUGCUAGUUUGCAAGAUGAAGUAUGGAACAUCUUUUCUGAAGCCACAAGCAAUAUUCAGGAGACCACCAAGUCGACUGAAGUACCUAAACAGACUGCAGCAGAGGUAAAGGUAGAGAUCUGUGAAAGUCAAGAGGAGAAUGGCUUUUCAGAGAAGAAGAAGAAAGUGAACAAGCGGGAGCACCAAGAGACCUGUCAGAAGAAAAAUAGAAAGGUCAAGAAAGGUGCAGAAAAAAGUAACACAGAGGAGGUGGAAGAAGAGCAGACUUACACAAAGAAAAAAAAGAAUAAAAAAAGAAAGGGAGGUGUUGAGGAAGAUGGAAAUGGAGAGGAGAACGGACACAGUAGGGGAGAUGAAACAUCCAGAAAGAAGAGGAAGAAAAGCAGGGAAGUCUGUGAAGAUGACCAAAAAACUGAUGAAGCUGAGGUGCAUGUAAUAGAGGAGACUGAGGAACAAGCAGCCUCCAAAGGCAAAUUCAGCUGGAAUGGAACGAUAAAAGCAGUCCUCAAACAAACACCUGAACAGGAACUGUCAGUAAAGAAACUAAGGAAGAAGAUUUUGGCAGCUUACUACUCAUUCAGCGGGGACAGCAAUUUUAAAUCGGAGGUGGAGCUACUGGCACUUUUCAACAAGAAGAUCAAUGGCAAUCCAAAAUUUAAGGUUUUGAAAGAAAAAGUUAUACUUAUAAAGUAGAAUUAUUUUAUCUUUCACUUUUUUUUCUGUUCAUCUUCUGUACCAUCUUUCACCCCACUGUCAUGAAUUUAAAAUUUUGAAAGGCAUUGCCCUUUGUAAUCUACAUUUAAUGUUUUUAUAAAAAUUCAGUAAUUUCAGUGAUUAAACGGUCUUGUUUCUCAAUUAAAUUUUAUGCUGUACAUUAUUGUUUCAACAAUUCUCCUGAGGAAAGGAAUACUUAAAAAUAGCAUGAAAUACUGGAAAUAAUACAAUAAAAAUAAUUGGACAUAAAAGCCUUUUGAUGGUUGCUCCAAGAACUGAAGUAUUUAUAAAUUGUGUGACAAAUAUUGCAUCAUAAAGCAGUCAGUGAGUGAAGUGACAUGUAUGAUGUCAAUAGCGUACCAAUGUAGUCAUCCACAUAUUUGAAAUAUAAUUAGUGAAAUUUUCAGAUUGUCAAAGAUCCAGAAAGUUAGCUUCAAGAAAAAACAAAUUUCCACCACCAAAUUUUAUCUGAUUACAUACAUAAACCACUUGUUGGAAACGUUUUAAGAGGGUUGUUCGUUAUUCACGCUGGGCAAAAGUUAGUGUUGGUGCAUUCUGCCUUGAAUGUGUCAUUUUUGUAUGGAUAAUAUGCCA